UUAUUUAUUAGUAAUGAAUGAAAUGAUAAAUAUAAAUAAUUAUUAAUAAUAAAUAAAAUGAAUUGUUUAAUAUAUUUGUAUCAUGAUGAUGCACUUCGUUCAAAAUAUGAAACAAAUCAAUACAAAAAUAUAAUAUCAGCACGUAAUGAUACAAUUUGGAGAUUAUGUCGUACAUAUUUUGAGCAUGUAUUUAAAUAUGACAGAACAAGUAAAAAAGCAAUAACAAUAAUGGAACCAAUUUCAUCAUCAAACAAUAAAAUGCCAUCACAAUUUACCGAAUUAAAAUUGAUGCAUCAAAUAACAUUAAUUUUAUUUUGUGGUAAUUGUAAACAAAUGUCUGAUGAUUAUUUAAACGAACAAGAUUUACACCAUUACACCCAUUACAUUAAAUAUAAAGACGGUGAAUCAUUUGAAAUAUUAAAUGAUAAAUUGAAAAAUUUAUCAUUAACAUACGAGUCGUAUGGUUUAACGCGUGCAAGUGUUAUUGUACUUGAUCUAGACGAUACAUUAAUAGAUGAUUCAAUAAAUCCACGUUCGCAACGACUGAUAAAUCAACUAAAUCAAUUUAAACGUAUAUUUAAUUUUGUCGUAUUAUGGUCACACGGUACAACAAAUCAUGUACGUGACUCUUUGAAUGCAUUGAAAAUAUCGCGAAAGUUUUUUGAUUUAAUUAUCACGAGACCGACAUUACAGGUCUGUGGUUCAAAUAAAGGUAUUGGUGUUGUAUUGGGCGAAUUGUAUAGACAAUUUCAAGUACGUGAGAUAACAUUUUCAUGCAUUGUUGAUGAUUUACAAAGUAAUUUUACUGAUGAUUAUAUGCUUUUUGUUCAUGUACCGAAAUACAAUGACACUGAAGAUUUAAGUGAUUUUUACGAUUGGAUUUUAAAAGAAAUACCGCAAAUUAAAAAUGAUUGUGAAUCAAAUGACGGUGUUGUGUCUGUUCGUAAAUUAAGUUGGUAAAAAAAAAUCUUUACAGUAUGUCCGUGGAAAAUUUAUAAGCUUUUGUAAUUAAUUGACUAAUUGUUAUAGAAUUUUAUUCAAAGAUAUAAUUAAUUUUU